CGUGAGGACGUUGACUGUAUGACCUUAUGACGUCAGAGUUAUCUCGUGACGUCACCCACACGUACAGUCAUCAUCAUCAUCAACAUGGCGUCGGCUUCUUGCAGCACGUCAGAGCCAACCUCUUCAGGGUCCAUGUCAGCGGCAGACAGAAGAGCUCAGCGGAUGGCCAAGCUACAGGAGCUUAGUCUCAAGAGGAAUGAGGCCAGAAAGCUGAACCACCAGGAGGUUGUGGAGGAGGAUCGUAGGAACAAACUUCCUGCCAACUUUGAACAGAAGAGGAAGAGGGAAGAGUGGAAGGAGGAGGAUGAGAAGAAAAGAAAGGAGGCAGAAGAGAGGGGUGAAGACUACGACAGGCUCCGCAUGUUAGAGUGGACAGCUGAGGAGGUGGAGAAAUGGGAGAGAAAGAAGAAGAAGAAAAACCCUGAUCCAGGAUUCUCAACGUAUGAAGCGGCAGGACUCCGACAGUACCAGGCCCUGACUAAGAAGAUGAAACCAGACAUGGAACACUACCAGCAACAGAGGGACAAAAUGGGUGAGAAGUUCUACCCCGACAUGAACACACUGGUUGAUGUAACAAGGAAGGACUCUGAUGAAGCCGUAGACAGACUAGUAGCAGACGUGGAAAAACAGAUCGACAAGAGGGCCAAGUUCAGCAGAAGACGCGGAUUCAACGACGAUGCGGACAUCGACUAUAUCAACGAGCGUAACAUGCGCUUCAACAAGAAGGCGGAGCGUUUCUACGGAAAGUACACUGCCGAGAUCAAACAGAACUUGGAGAGAGGCACCGCCGUGUAGACUUUGUAGCCACGAGGUUUUCUUCUUUUAAGACUCUUCUGAACCUCCUGUUGUACUCAGUGUUUUCACUAGGACUUUUUCACAGCAAGUCAGGGUUGGACAAGUUUUCUAAAAUUCACUUGUCCUAUCGGGCUAGUACAUA